AUGGCACCUCAACUCCUCCUCCGAUCGCUACCCGCAUUCCUCCUCACGGCCCUCGUCUCCGCACAAGCCCCUCCUUCAUCCCACACAGUCGACGAGCUCAGCUUUGGCCAUCGACACGAAAACUUUGCCGAUCAAGGCCAUUCCGUCCCGGGCUAUCAAGUCUCCAAUGUCAACCACGAAAUCCGACAUCUCUCCGAUCGCUUGAUCCUCACUCCUCCCUACCCAGGAAAUACCAAGGGAGCUCUCUGGUCGGAACACGUCACGACCACCUCCGACUUCACUGCGACGCUGGAAUUCCGCGCUUCGGGGCAAGAGAUUGGGUCGGGGAAUCUUCAGCUAUGGUAUACCAAAGACCGCAAGGUGGGCGUCGACAGCAUCUACAAUGUCGAAACCUUUGACGGACUUGCGUUGGUGGUGGAUCAGUAUGGUGGAACAGGAGGAAAGAUUCGUGGCUUCCUCAAUGAUGGGACGAAGAACUUUCGCGCACAAUCCAAUCCGGAAAGUCUGGCAUUCGGACAGUGUGACUACAAAUACCGCAACUUGGGAGUCCCCUCCACGCUGAAGCUGAUGAGCCAAGAAGGAGGUGGUAUGGUCGUGCAGAUUGAUGGCAAGAACUGCUUUCACACGGAAAGUGUGAGACUGCCCGAGGGUUACCACUUUGGAAUCUCUGCCAGCACAGGCGAGCAGAACCCCGAUAGCUUUGAACUUUACAAGAUGGUCGUCUCUGGUGGCCAUGAGCACUGGAAUCACGAACAUGUGGAGGAUUCUUCUCACCAGUAUCUCGGGAACAACAACAACAACAACCAGCAACAGCAGGGACGUCACUACGACGCAUUCGCUGGUAUCCCCGAAGCGAUUCCCGACCGCACCGCCUCGGAUUUCAAAAGCCAAGAAGAGCAAUUCGCCGACUUGCACAAUCGCCUUCAAGGUCUUUCCCAUCAGAUGGGCAACCUCUUCAUGGAAUUCAAGAGUCUGGGAGAGAAUGUCGACAAGAAGCAUGCCGAAGUGAUUGCUCGCCAUGGGGAGGUCAUUUCGGGCGUGAACAACAUGCAAGGUUCCAGGGAGACGGGACUACCGCCUGCGGUCGUGGGACAGAUCAAUGAUCUAGUCAAUCGACUGAGCAGAGUUGAGGAGUCUGUCAAUKCGGUGAGGAGGGACGUGGAAGGCAAGGAUUAUAAGCGAACUUUGGAUGACCUGACGAGAGCUGUGGGUCAGAUUCAUGGAGGGUUGAAUGAUCAACUGCCAGAGAGGUUGGCGCAUUUGUUCUCAACGCAUCACCCAAGACUGGGAUGGUUCAUCUUUGUCAUUCUUGCCACGCAAGUCUUGUUCGCGGGAGCGUAUGUUGUGUAUAAGAGGAGGCGAAAUGGCAUGCYGAAGAAGUUCUUGUAG